AAUUGAGCGAAGCAGCAGCAGUAGCCAGGCUUCUUUGUUUUUUAAAAGCUCAGCUCCGUCAUUUGCAAUUCCUCUCUCUCUCUCUCUCUCUCUCUCUCUCUCUCUCUCUCUUUCUGUGUGUGUGCAGAUCUUCUCUGUAAAUGGCGCAGGUAGUAGCUACCAGAUCCGUUAACGGCUCCGUUUUCUGUCCUAGUUCUGAAUCUGGAAACUGCAAGAGCCUGGUCGACAAGCUCAGGCCAUCGAGAUUUCCGUCCAAGGUCUUUGGCAUAAAGCAACAGAAGAAUAACGGCCGUCUGUUCCGCAGCAGCUUCCUGGUCGCGGCAGCAAAGAGAUCAGCAGAGCCUGAAAUUCUUCCCGUGUCUCCCAAAGAUGUCCCGAAGGGAGAUGAGGAUUUUCUGAGAGGCAUGCAGCAGCUCGGGGAAAUGUCAGUAGGCAUGUGGUCGAAGCCAAGCGUUAGGCGUAAGACAAAGAUUGUGUGUACAAUAGGUCCUUCUACUAACACUCGAGAAAUGAUAUGGAAGCUAGCUGAGGCCGGGAUGAAUGUUGCCCGAAUGAAUAUGUCUCAUGGAGACCAUGCGUCUCAUCAGAAAGUCAUCGACCUAGUCAAAGAAUACAAUUCUCAAUCAAAGGACAAUGUGAUUGCGAUUAUGCUAGACACUAAGGGUCCAGAAGUUAGGAGUGGUGACUUGCCACAGCCAAUCACAUUGACAACUGGCCAAGAAUUCACUUUCACAAUUAGAAGAGGAGUUGGCACAGAAAAUUGUGUGAGUGUGAAUUAUGAUGAUUUUGUCAAUGACGUAGAAGUUGGCGACAUGAUUCUCGUUGAUGGAGGAAUGAUGUCAUUAAUGGUGAAAUCCAAGACAGAAGAGUCGGUGAAAUGUGAAGUAGUUGAUGGAGGGGAGCUGAAAUCUAGACGGCAUCUGAAUGUUCGAGGAAAAAGUGCUACACUGCCAUCCAUCACCGAGAAAGAUUGGGAUGACAUUAAAUUUGGGGUUGAAAAUAAAGUAGAUUUUUAUGCUGUUUCCUUCGUCAAAGAUGCAAAGGUGGUUCAUGAAUUGAAGGAUUAUCUUCGAAGUUGUGGUGCUGAUAUACAUGUGACAGUCAAAAUUGAAAGUGCGGACUCUAUACCAAAUCUGCAUUCUAUCAUUUCUGCAUCAGAUGGGGCUAUGGUGGCUAGGGGUGAUCUUGGGGCUGAGCUCCCUAUUGAGGAGGUUCCGCUGCUUCAGGAAGAGAUCAUUAGGAUGUGCCGGAGCAUGGGAAAAGCUGUUAUUGUAGCGACAAAUAUGUUGGAAAGCAUGAUUGUUCAUCCUACGCCAACCCGUGCAGAGGUCUCAGACAUUGCCAUUGCAGUUCGUGAGGGUGCUGAUGCAGUCAUGCUCUCCGGAGAAACUGCUCACGGGAAGUUCCCACUGAAAGCUGUGAAGGUUAUGCAUACAGUUGCAUUGAGGACUGAAGCGACAAUGGUGGGAGGAGAGAAACCUGCUAAUCUUGGACAGGUUUUCAAGAAUCACAUGAGCGAGAUGUUCGCAUAUCAUGCAACCAUGAUGUCGAACACCCUUGGCACAUCAAUUGUAGUCUUCACCAGAACUGGGUUCAUGGCUAUCCUACUGAGCCACUAUCGUCCAUCUGGCACUAUAUUUGCUUUUACAGAUGACGAAAGAGUGAGGCAGAGACUAGCAUUGUACCAAGGUGUGCAUCCGCUACGGAUACAAUUCUCAAACGAUGCUGAAGAGACCUUUGCCAAGGCCUUGUCUUACUUGCAGACGCAAGGAAUGGUGAAAGAAGGCGAAGAGGUUGCUCUUGUUCAGAGUGGAAGACAGCCCAUCUGGCGAUUCCAAUCCACCCACAACAUCCAGGUCAGGAAAGUGUAGUAGGUAUAAAGCUCAUCUGAGGCCAGACCGCCCUGGGUACUCUCCAAUCCCAUGGUCUAUUGUUUCAUCAAAACAUUAUUUCCACGUGAUAUUAUUUCGGCAGGCCCAUCGUUUAAUGGGCCACAACUCCUUGUCAGGAGAGGUCCAUUUUUUGCUUCCUAUGUUUAUCAUUCUGAAGUAGAUUAUUUGAAUGUAAGCUGAAGAGCUUUUCGCA